ACAACCUCUAGCAGCCGAAGCUAGCUGGUUAGCUACCAAGAUGGAAUACCCCAGUGACUUCUAUAUUUUUAUCGCGGUUUUCUCGUUUUUUAAGAAGAGGACAUGACAUCCGGAUUUGUCAGAAUAUACGGGUUUUGGGACAACGGGUUGAAAAGAGCUCGUUUGUAGACUUCGACGAGCUACGAGGGGACAAUCGGUGUUAGCUAUUAGUUAACCCGUUGUAACGUUAACUUAGCUAGCUCGCGGCUCUAAGUGCACCCCAGGUCUCUUACAUAAAAACAACGGCCGAUCAGCUGCGGCUCGUUGGAGCAAAGAAGAGCCUGUGGGUCUGUGGCUAAGAUAUAUUCAGUUUCUCCUCGACUUCCAUGAACUGUUAACUAUUUUCAAACCUAAACUUUGCCUUUGUUGGAUUUGUACAGUAUCUUAACGACGAGUUAGCACGGUAGGCUAAAUGGAAAUUAAGCUCCUUACUUGCUAAGCACGGAGGACUUUACCCACCGGCUCUCUACUAAACAUAAAUAAAUUGUAGAAUCAUUUUCUCUUAAAAGCAACAUUUUCUGGAAAGUUUUAAUCUGUAUCCGAGAGACGUUAUUAGACCGUUUCUUUGCUGUAAAGGGGGCGAGAGGCGUUUGACAAGCGGAACGCUUCGUAAAUAAUACAGAUCUCUAAGAAGCCAGAGCCGGUGUUUACAGAGAAACCACGUCCCUCCGUAGCUUUACUGGUGGAGCGACCAUAGUUGACUAUUUGUGGGACUUUGACACUGAUCGGCAAUGUUACACAGAUGUCCUAUAUUAUUGGAGUUGAGGUAUGACUCGGAAUGAGUCCUAACCUAUUUCCAAUGGCCAACGGGGAGAGACGGGCACCAUCACAGGUUUGGUUUGACAGCAAGACAUUAACCGAUAGCCUAACUUGGGGUAUGAUAUCCGAACAGCGUGGAGAGUUAGGUCCGCCUUAUCCAGACUAUCAGUGAACACCUUCGCUUUCUGAGUUAAGUAUCUGAUUUUCCUUUGGAAGAAGAAGAUGGAGACAGGAGUAAGGUCUCACCAGGGCGAGGUGUUCGCCCACCCGCUCUCCAACCCUGGGGCUGCGGGCAUCUGUCCCGAAAUGCUGGAGGUGGCAGAGGAGGCCAGCCGGGCUGGGGAUUUUGACUUGGCGGUGGAGAUCUACAGCUCCCAGCUCGCAGACCUCCAGCAACCGGACAGGGGCUUGUGUCUGAGGAAGGCCGACUCUUUGGCCCGCGCCGGGCGCAUUUCCGAGGCGCUGGACUCGUACUGCAUAGCGGCCAGCCUUGGCAAAUUGCGCCCGGAAGAGCUUCCCCUCCUGGUGGAGACCAUCGCUCGGACUCUCCGCGAGAAAGAGCUGGGCAUCCUUGGGACGCUAAACGGCAAUGGCAAAAGCAGCAGCGGGGAAGAUGGGAUUGAACUCGAUGGGGAGUGUGGAGAGGAUGAAGCACUGGACCUGUUCUCCUGUCGCCUCUGUAGGUGUCUGCUCCAUGAGCCGACCACCGUGGAGUGCGGACACACUUUUUGCAAACGUUGCUUGGAGGACGAUUCUGUCAAAGACUGUAUACACUGCAAACAAAAGUUGAACAAAAAAGAUGGACUGCCAAACGGCCGGAGAUUAAACGUUGUCCUCAGCGGCCUACUAGAUAAACUGUUCGCAACUGAGAGUAAAGCGAGGAAAUUCUGGAUCGAAGGGGAGAUUUUGUGGAAAAACCAGAACCUCUCUGAUGCCUUGGAGAAGUACAAUGCAGCAGUGGAUCUUGUGCCAUCUUCAGGCAGACUGCUGUGUCAGCGGGCUGAGUUGCACAUGGAGAUGAGGAACUUCAGUCAGGCAGUGCAGGACGCCAACAACCUCUGUAGGAUUAAACCGCUCUGGACGAAGGCUCACUGUCUGAAAGCCACUGCACUGACUAAAGCAGGCCGGAACGAUGAGGCUUUGCAGGAGUACUUUCUGUGUGUGGCACUAAAACCUGACUGGACCAAGGUCAAACUGGAGGCUCAGAAGGUCCUUAGCGAGCUGUUCUCCUCUGUGUUUGAGAAUGAGGACCUGCCAACACCGUUGCACCCACUGCAGGGGGGGUUGACCACCCGCCUCAUCAAACCGCCUGCCUUGCUCAGGUCCCUGAGGCCGCUCACACAGAGACCUGGCUCCUCCACACAGGACUCUGAGGUCAGUGUGACUAAAAGCACUCCAGUGGACGACUCGUCCUCCAGACUGUCUGCUCCGUGUCCUGGUAAAUCAGACUCUGCUGCAGGGGAGGAUAGCACCAAGAGCCUGGCUGGCGUUCUGGCUGCCCUGCCAGCACCCCCUGGUUGCCUCAAGAGGAAACACAGUGGAGACGGACCCUCAGCAAUCUUCAACCCUCCCUCCAAACUGCACAGACCUGAUGAGGCAAGCAGCUUUCAGACGGCCACAGUGUGUGGAGGGAGGAUGGUUCCUGCUGAGCUGUUGGACAGUGGAGACAUGGAGUGUUCGCUCUGCAUGAGAUUGUUCUAUGAGCCGGUGGCCACUCCCUGCGGUCAUACCUUCUGCCUCAAAUGUCUGGAGCGUUGCCUGGACCACAACCCCAACUGCCCUCUGUGCAAGGAGAAUCUAGCAGAGUUUCUGGCCACCAGGGGCUACAACAAGACCCUGCUGAUGGAGGAAGUGGUGCAGCGUUACCUAGGAGACGAGCUGGCAGAAAGGAAGAAAAUCCAUGAAGAGGAGAUGAAGGAGCUGUCCAACCUGAACCAGGAAGUGCCCAUCUUUGUGUGCACCAUGGCCUUCCCCACCAUCCCCUGCCCACUGCAUGUGUUUGAGCCACGCUACCGCCUCAUGAUCCGCCGCUCCAUGGAGACGGGCACCAAGCAGUUCGGCAUGUGCAUAGCUGAUGAACUCAAGGGCUUUGCGGACUAUGGCUGCAUGCUGCAGGUGCGAGAUGUGAAAUUUUUUCCUGACGGUCGUUCGGUGGUCGACACCAUCGGUGUGUCUCGAUUUAAGGUCAUCAGCCACGGCCAAAGAGACGGCUACAACACCGCCAAGAUAGAGUACCUGGAAGACAAGAAGGUGGAGGCAGAGGAGCUGGUGGAGCUUCUGAAGCUGCACGACUCCGUGUACGAGCAGGCCAACAGCUGGUUCACCUCCCUGAAAGACAACAUGAAGAGCCAGAUCCUCAGCCACUUCGGACACCUUCCCAGCAAAGACCCCGACCCACAGGCCAGUCCCAGUGGUCCUGCCUGGUGCUGGUGGCUGCUCGCCGUCCUGCCAUUGGAGAAUCGAGCCCAGCUCACCAUCCUGUCCAUGACCUCCCUCAAGGACCGCCUCAUUGCCAUCCGCAGGGUCCUCAUAUUCGUCACGCGCAAGAGGCCGCGGUGAAUUCCCAGCCGCUCGGGAGACAGACCAGAACCGUUCGAGCUUCUAUGCACUUCAGCAGUUCAUUCAUCCAUUUGUUCAGUCAUUCAUUUGUUCAUGUGGUCACUCGCGGACCGAUUCAUCGGUCCAUCUAUACAUGUGUUCCCACUGUGGUUCACGUACCCACUCGGACAUCAGCUGAUUCUGUCAGAUCCGCGUGAACUCAGUCCUGCGUCAUGCAGCCUCUCUGUGCACACGUCACUUCUGUUGAGGGCGCCAGGCGAGCCGGGGUGCUGCUCGAGGGCAUUCGAGUUUCUCAUCCGUCUGUCAGUUCAUCCUCUCCACCCCACCUGCAUCUCGGAUGAAUUCAGCUAGAACACAUCUCUGACCUCUCCCCUCUGCUUCUCUGUUGAGGCAGAGGUAAAAGUGGCCGGGCCAAGCUCUUUCACUUGCCUGACCUGUGAGGGACAUGUUAUCACAAAAGCCGUAUGAGCGAAAAGGUUCAAAAGGAACUCAUCUUUCCUACAUCUAGUAAACAGUAUUUCAUGUUGGAAUCGUGGCCCCCGUAUCCACAUCCACACUUUCUACAGGUACAGUCAAAGCAAAGCUCAUUUACUGAAGUAUGAAGCAAAAACAAAAACACUUGGUGUGACGGCAACACACAAAUGUGAAUGUACUGGUCUGGCUGUAGUCUGUGGAUGCUUUUCUUUUCUUUCGCUACUACAUUUACAGAAUCCGUUCGGGGGGCUCGCACAGGAGGCCAGAUUCCUGUAUUGCACGCACAACAGCUGCUUCACUCUAAAUCUUACAGACUGAGCCAAAAUUCAUGUACAAAAACCUGGAGCUUUCUCUCUGUUGCCUCACCCGCCGGUGGGCAUGUACCUCAAACCCUCUGAUAGGAAGCAAUGGGUGCCACGAGUCACUGCAUUGAGAUAGGAAGUGACUGUGCCCAUGCCAACACUACAGACUACAGUGUGUGAGAACAAGUGCAACUCCAUAACAACAUGCUCCACUUGCUCCGUAAGAAAAUUCAAGUAAGAUUUAAAUGUGUAUCAGAGUCGGGCUAUCACACAAACUCCAUUUGCAUUUAGGAAAAUGCUGAUACAAAUGCAUCCUCCCAGAUACAGCUGAUCUGGAACCUAAUGUCCUGUUGUAGCAUAUCUCUGGGACUACAAACAGACUUAGUUAUAGGGGUUGAUUGUGUGUGGUUUUUUUUUUGUUUUUUUUUUGGUGUUUGUUUCUUUUUUUUCUCUGCUAUGCCCUUAACUGUAUGUGUAUGGUGACAUCUUAAGUUGGGUGAUUUAUGUGUAUAUCAAUGUAACUCAGAGGCCUUUGUAAUGAUUUAUUUAAGGAACGUUUCACCCUCUCUCUCUCUCUCUAUCUCUUUCUUUCUCUCAGUACAUUUACGUGCACACUAAUGCAAUUACAGUGCUUUAAGUCGCCCCUGGAGUUAAACAAGUUUAGAUCUGCGUUUCUCAGUAAAACACAUUGUGUGUAUCCUUGAGGCCUGACAAACAUGUUGACCAAUUUUCUUUCCUCAUACGACAUUUGCAAAGACGUUUAGACUUGCGUUGCUUCUUCUUUCUUCCACUGAAGCGAUGCCUUGUCUCCUGGCGCUUAGCAUCACCCGCCGCUGAUCAGGGGAAAGGCUAGAAGCUGUCAGCAGGCGUGUGUCCGUAGCGCUGCUAGUGGUCAAAAACUCUGCAGGACACUUCAAAGAACAUUGGUGAAACACUGCACAAUAAUAACCCUCGUUUACAUGAUGUUUCGAUUAAAGGUGGGGGUUUUUGGACCACUAGUAGUGCUGUGGAGCAGCGUUUUUAUGAACGGGCACCUGUUCUGUUCGUAUCCAGUGGAGGAGCAUGCAGGCGAGCCAACAGAGCUUCAAGUUGUUCCACCGAUCAGCUUGUUGCGGUAGGAUGUUAAACGUUGCGUUUCCAUGUUAAAUGUUUAAAGAAAUGUAGCAAUUUGCCACAAAUGAAGUGAAGAAGAAGAAGAUGGUCAGCUUGUUUAAACAUGCAGGUUUCAAAACAUCCCAAACAUCAGCUUUUCAGAUGUUUCUCUGAGGAUUCAGUUUGUUUUGGUGAGAAAAGCUGAGUGUAAAUCGGUCUGGGUUUUUAUUCACAACAAAUUGGACGGUGCACCUUAAAGGUUGAGUGGUGGAGGAAGUGUUGAUCCAUUUAAACUCUCUUGGCAGGUCACCAAAUGGAGUAUUUCCAACCCACAGCGAGUCCAAAGAGUGAAGAGCAGGCUCCGUAGCAUUGUGCUUCAGCUUUCACAGGACAGCUGUGGGUGUAAUUGCGUUCUCGCCGUGCAUGGAAAUGUGUUGUUUCUCUGUAUAAUUCUGUCCUUCCAAAUGUUUGUGACUCCACCGCAGUUACUUGCUUUCUGUGUGGGGGAGGGGUUCACAACAUGCUGCAUUUCCCUGGUAUAUUUGUAAAGGGAGAUCUUAUACCUAUUUUUUAUUGCAAAUAAAGAAAAACGCAUUCA